GUCGCCGUGGCAGGGAGCGGCUCUCAUUCCUCCUCCCCUUCACAGGGCGCUCGGCUGAGGCGGGGCAGCUGCUGCAUGAGCGUUGCUCACUGGAGCCGGGGAAGCACUGACAGCGCUGAAAAUGCCGAAACCGAUCAAUGUUCGAGUUGUUACUGUGGAUGCAGAGCUGGAGUUUGCCAUCCAGCCAAACACUACAGGCAAACAGCUGUUUGAUCAGGUGGUUAAAACCAUUGGUUUGCGAGAAGUGUGGUACUUUGGUCUUCAGUAUGUAGACAACAAAGGAUUCCAGACCUGGCUGAAGCUGGAUAAAAAGGUUUCUGCUCAGGAAAUCAGAAAGGAGAAUCCCCUUCAGUUCAGGUUCCGUGCCAAGUUCUUCCCAGAGGAUGUGGCUGAAGAGUUGAUACAGGACAUCACGCAGAAGCUUUUCUUCCUUCAGGUGAAGGAAGGGAUCCUCAGUGAUGAGAUCUACUGUCCCCCUGAAACAGCAGUGCUUCUUGGCUCCUAUGCCGUACAGGCCAAAUUUGGAGAUUACAACAAAGAUGUGCACAAGCCUGGAUACCUCAAUUCGGAGCGUCUGAUCCCCCAGAGGGUUAUGGAUCAGCAUAAACUCUCCAGAGACCAGUGGGAGGAAAGGAUCCAGGUUUGGCAUGCUGAACACAGCGGUAUGCUCAAAGAGAAUGCCAUGCUGGAAUACCUGAAGAUUGCUCAAGACCUUGAGAUGUAUGGAAUCAACUACUUUGAAAUCAAGAAUAAGAAAGGAACUGACCUGUGGCUGGGAGUUGAUGCCUUAGGGCUCAACAUCUAUGAAAAAGAUGAUAAACUGACUCCAAAGAUUGGGUUCCCCUGGAGUGAAAUCAGAAACAUCUCUUUCAAUGACAAGAAGUUUGUAAUAAAGCCCAUUGACAAGAAGGCACCCGACUUUGUGUUUUAUGCCCCUCGUCUGAGAAUUAACAAGCGGAUCUUGCAGCUCUGUAUGGGAAACCAUGAACUGUACAUGCGGCGCAGGAAGCCUGACACCAUUGAGGUGCAGCAGAUGAAAGCUCAGGCCCGGGAGGAAAAGCACCAGAAGCAGCUGGAAAGGCAACAACUAGAAAACGAAAAGAAGAAGAGGGAGACCAUUGAGAGGGAGAAGGAGCAAAUGUUGAGGGAAAAGGAAGAACUGCUGGUGAGGCUACAAGAGUAUGAAGUGAAGACAAAGAAGGCAGAGAAAGAGCUCUCAGAGCAGAUCCAAAGAGCUCUUCAGCUGGAGGAAGAAAGGAGACGAGCUCAGGAGGAAGCAGAACGUUUGGAAGCUGAUCGUCUGGCUGCUCUGCAAGCCAAGGAAGAGCUGGAGAGACAAAAUAUUGACCAGAUAAAGAGCCAGGAACAGCUGGCCGCAGAGCUCGCAGAGUAUACAGCCAAGAUUGCGCUCCUUGAAGAGGCACGGAAGCGUAAGGAGAGUGAGGUUGAAGAAUGGCAGAUCAGAGCCAGGGAAGCCCAGGAGGAUCUGGUAAAGACCAAAGAGGAGCUACACUUGGUAAUGACUGCUCCACCUCCACCGCCACCCAUCUACGAGCCAGUGAACUACCACGUGCACGACAACCUGCAUGAUGAGGGCUCUGAGUACUCUGCCUACAGCGCGGAGUUCUCCAGCGAGGGGAUCAGGAAUGACCGCAAUGAGGAGAAACGCAUUACUGAAGCAGAGAAGAAUGAGCGUGUACAGAGGCAGCUGAAGGCACUGACAGAUGAGCUGGCGCAGGCUCGAGAUGAAGAUAAGAGGACCCAAAAUGAUAUCAUCCACUCAGAGAACGUGCGACAGGGCCGCGACAAGUACAAGACGCUGCGGCAGAUCCGACAAGGCAACACCAAGCAGAGAAUUGAUGAGUUUGAGGCAAUGUAAUGAAUGCUUGCUUACAACGAGAAGGCAAGACUGUGGGAAAGGCAGAUCUUAAUGCUGUGGCUUUGGUUUUGUUUUUACCCUGAGGAGGGGUCACUGUAUGGUAUUUAACAAACGUUCUCUAAACCCAGAGGUGUUUGCAUCUCCCUUUUCUUCCAUACCAUGUAUUAAAUCUGGUACAGUUAGUUAAAAAUCGAUCUUACCUCUGAUCCUGGUAACUUGCUCAUGCCUUUGCUUAGUGCCAAAAGGCCUUAUGUCACAUCUCUCUUUAACCAACAAACAAACACAAAUCCACAUCUAGUUGUAGAGGCACGUCCUGUGCAGGUGCUGGAUUCGCCUUGGCCU